UCCAUGACGGGUUCAAGGUGGGAGCAGGUCCGACAGGUUCUCAAGAACAUCGUCCCCAUCUGCACCAAGCGGGACAAGGACGGCAUCGACCUCUACUUCAUCAACCACAGGUCCAACAACACGGGAGACGCCAGCGAGGGCAAGGCCGACGGAGGCUACUACAACAUCUCCAACCCGGACACCGUCACCAAGAUCUUCAACGGCACCCGCCCCUCCGGAUCCACCCCCACGGGCGGGCGUUUGAGGAGCAUCCUGAAGCCCUACCUUGCCAAGCUCGAUGCGUCUGGGGACGCGGAGUCCGUGAAGCCCAUCAACAUCAUCGUCAUCACCGACGGAGUCCCCACAGACGACCCGGAGAGCGUCAUCGUGCAGGCCGCCAGGAAGCUCGACGACAUGGACGCCCCCCUGUACCAGGCCGGCAUCCAGUUCUUCCAGGUCGGCAGCGAGGCCUCCGCCAGCAAGUCCCUCAAGGAGCUCGAUGACGACCUUGUCAAGCAGGGCGUCCGCGACAUGGUGGACACCUGCUCGUGGAAAGCCGACGGCGCAAAGGGAGCCAGGGGAGAGCUCACCGCAUCCCAGAUUCUCAAGGCCGUUCUUGGCGCCGUGGUGCGCAAGAUUGACCGGGCUUCUGCCCCACCCGUAUGA